AUGACCGCGUCUUGCGCGCCGCGCAAAGCACCGCCUCCCCGCCCCGCGAGCCCCUUUUCUUCUUGGAGCUUCGUUGGGAUCCUUUUGGUGGUCCAAGUGCUCCUGCUACCUACAUCCUCCGAUGCCUGUGGUGAUCCACCGAGAUUUGGAUCGAUGAUGCUCAAGGGUCUUCCUAAAACCGUGUAUCUUCCCGGGGACAGAAUAAUUUUUAAGUGUCGUCUAGGGUACAAGCCUGUUGUACCUCCUCUUACCACUUCUACUGUUUGUCAACCUGAUAACACAUGGGCACCUUUCCAGGAGGUUUGUACUAGAAAAUUAUGUCCACAGCUAGGGGAACCCCAAAAUGGCCAAAUAAUCUAUAUAAAUGGAACUUUUGAGUUUGGUCCACAGGCUUACUAUGUUUGUAAUGAGGGUUAUUACUUAAUUGGGACCAAAAUAAUAUAUUGUGAACUUUCUGGAGAUACUGUGGAUUGGAGUGAUAGUCCCACACAGUGUGAAAAGGUUUUAUGUCAACCACCUGGAAAAAUAUCCAAUAGAAAAUAUACCAAUAAUCACAAGGACACAUUUGAAUAUAAUGAAGUAGUGACUUAUAGUUGUAAUCCUUCAAAUGGACCAGAUGAAUAUUCACUUGUUGGAGAGAGCAAGCUGAUUUGUUCUGGACAUAACACAUGGAGUAGUGACCCUACUGAAUGUAAAGGGCUCCCAGGAGGUCCAGGACCAGCUGAAGAUGAAGUUCAGCCACAGUUGUUGUCCUGCCUGGGGCCACCUGGCAUGAGCCACAAGUGAUACAGAGAUGGCCGCUGCCCACACUGUGAUUGAAAGUGACUCAAGAGGCCAAGCUGCGAACUGAGGCCAGGGAGGGGUAGGACUCAACAAAGAAAGAAUGGCUUCCACCAGCGUUUUCCUCCAGGAGAAAGCUACCCCUCCAGCUUUUACCCUGAAGCAAGACCGUUCAUUUCCUCCCCAUAUGUACCUGGUGCCUUUCGAGCUGCUGCCCCAGUUUGGAGCUCAGAGAGAGUGAGUCUGUCAACAAGGCCCAGCUUAAGAGGCACAAGAUUCAACAUAUCCAGAGGCCAACUCC